AUGCACUCAGGACUCUUAUGUUCUUCAUCCAGAUUUCUCUUAUCUGAUUUUCUUGUUUGGAAAAGACUGAUCUGAAGAUCUGGAGCACAUGGAGUCUUCCUGCUGCAGUCCUGCUGUAGAAGAGGAGGUGGAUGGUGGUCUUCUCCCCACAGGCUGGAAGUGCUACAGAUCAGCCGAGGGGCGUAAAUACUAUGUCAACACUCGCAGUAAAGAGACAACGUGGGAACGGCCAUGUUUACCAGCCUCUGGACCAAAGACAGCUCGCCCGCACAAGAACUCAGUGAACGGACGCCAGUCUAUUGGAGUUGCUGUCCAGCAGCUGGAGAAGUCAGACGUGUUGCAGAGGAAAUCCAGCAUGAACGGCCAGAGCCCCGGCUCGCUCUCUCCAGCCAGGAGGCAGAACAAGGAGAGGGAGAUCAAGGAGACCAAAUCCACUAUUAACUUCGUCACGUUCCCUCUGCCCCAGGCCACGCCUGAGCAGCAGCUCCUCAAACCCAAUGAGUGGAGCUACUGCGACUAUUUCUGGGCCGAUAAGAAGGACCCUCAGGGGACCACCACAGUGUCAGGCUUCGAGGUUCUGCUGCAGAAGCAGCUGAAGGGAAAGGUGACGCAGAAAGAGAUGGCUGAGUUCAUCAGAGAAAGAAUAAAGAUUGAAGAAGAGUACGCCAAGAACCUCUCCAAGCUCUCCCAGAUCCCACUGGCAGCGCAGGAGGAAGGGACUCUUGGCGAGGCCUGGGCCCAGCUGAAGAAGAGUCUGGCUGAUGAAGCAGAGGUCCAUCUUAAAUUCUCCUCAAAGCUCCAGAGCGAGGUGGAGAAGCCACUGCUGACGUUCAGGGGCGACAACUUCAAGAAGGACAUGAAGAAAUACGACCACCACAUCGCAGACCUGCGGAAACAGCUGGUCGGGCGCUACUCGGCCGUAGAGAAGGCCCGUAAGGCUCUCGCAGACAGACAGAAGGACCUGGAGGUGAAGACACAGCAGCUGGAGAUUAAACUGAGCAACAAGACAGAGGAGGAUAUCAAGAAGGCCCGGCGGAAAUCCACACAAGCAGGUGAUGAUCUGAUGCGCUGUGUGGAUCUCUACAACCAGGCCCAGUCCAAGUGGUUUGAGGAGAUGGUCACUACAAGCUUGGAACUGGAGAGGCUUGAGGUGGAGAGGGUGGAGAUGAUCCAGCAGCACCUUCGUCAGUACACUACUCUACGCCGAGAGACAGACAUGUUCAACCAAAGUACACUGGAGCCUGUGGACCAGCUCCUCCAGAGUGUGGACCCAGCCAAAGACAGAGAGCUUUGGGUGCGGGAGCACAAGACAGGAGAUCUGAGACCUGUGGACAUGGAUAUCUAAAGAACAUGGACUUCAGAACAGCAGAAAAACACACAUACAUUACACACACACACACACACAAACUCAAACAUACUACACCCAAACUAUCUACGCCUACCUGUCUGUCUACCACACUACUCCAAGUUCUCGGCCAAAGCCAUACAGGUAUCUCUCUCAAAUGGACCACCACCAUUUGAAUUGUCACGUAUGAACACGCAAGUUGUCCAACGGAGUCACACACUUUACCUGCUGAAAUGAAAUUUCUCUUACAGGACAGUUUAAUAGCAGAGUGCAAUAACAUCCUCCACUCAGCACCCUGCACUUUUUUUCACGUGAAGAAAAAGCCACUAAGUACUACGGUUCAAACUGAUCUGAUUGAAAACACAAUGAUCUCAGUAUUUCAGGAUAUCAUUUCAAGGUAGAAUUGCUUAAACAUUACGGUGACACUUAUUUUACAGGUUGUUACAAUUAAAGAAAUAUUUGCGUGAAAAAAAAAAGAAUAACAUGAUUUAUCACUUACCCCAGAUUUAGUAGAUCAGCCAAAUAUAGUUUGGACAUAAUUUAACUAUAAUAAUACUUAUAAUACUAUAUAUAAUAAGGAGAGUUAAAAAAUGAUGACAUCUCUAAAUGUGGACGAUAUUUCUAAAUGAUUGUGUACUGUAUAUAAAGUGUCUGAUAUAUGUUUUGUGUUACUAUUUAGUACACAACCAAAACAGCCCAUUUAUUCAUGCCUAUGUUAAACAGCCACGGGUAGGCCUGUCUUGAUAAUUACAUUAACAACUUAUCGUAAAAUAUAUGAAAACAAUAUAAAACCCUAUAAUAGGUCUUAUCGAGGAGGACCGAUAAAUGUUAGCUUUGUCUACAAACAAUGGAUUUAUUUUAAUAUAUUAUUAUAUUUUUAUAAGUUACUGUAUAGGUCUGUAACAAUACAUAUAUUAUCGACAGAACAACUCUGGAAAAAAAUAAUUGACCACUGAAUCAGAUUCUUUAAUUUGCUAUUUAUAAGUGUAUAUUUGAGUAAAAUGAACAUUGUUGUUUUAUUCUAUAAACUACAAACCAAGUUUCUCCCAAAUUCUAAAUAAAAAUAUCGUCAUUUAGAGCAUUUAUUUGCAGGAAAUGAGAAACGACUGGAAAAAAAAAAAACGCAGAGCUUUCAGACCUCAAAUAAUGCAAAGAAAACAAGUUCAUUGUCAUCAAGUUUUAAGAGUUCAAUAAUUCAGAAAUCAAUAUUUGGUGGAAUAACCCUGUUUUUAAUCACAGUUGUCAUGCAUCUUGGCAUGUUCUCCUCCACCAAUCUUACACACUGCUUUUGUAAAACUUUAUGCCACUUCUGGUGCACAAAAUUCAAGCAGUUCAGCUUGGUUUGAUGGCUUGAUUAUCCAUCUUCCUCUUGAUUACAUUCCAGAGGGUUUCAAUUUGGUAAAAUCAAAGAAACUCAUACUUUGUUCCAGAGCUGUAUAUAUGGUUUAUUUUUAGCAAGAUGAUCCCAAUAACAUAAACAGCAAAAAUGUCAACUUUGUUAAAAAAUAACAAUAGCAUUAUGCAAUAUUGUUUAACGCACUUAUUUCUGUGACAGUAUACACAAAAAUGGUUAAUGUGACGGACCUAGCCACAGGGUAGGGAAAACAGGUAGCUUUAGCAAUGUGCUAAAGUUCGAAUGAAAGUGAAUGCAAGCAAACCUUGUCUUCAAAAUGUGGCUCAGAACAGUGGAAAACACUCCUAAAGCCAUUGAUCAAACUUUGUGUGCUCUUAGAUAUGAGGUUUUAUCCUCUAAACAUGAGCAAAUGGAACACAGUAUGUGGUGUAGUGUUUAGCCUGUAAGCUAACUAGCUAACUAGCCAAGCUGGCUAACUAUGAGGCCAAACACGACAUAAACCUGUCACAAUUAGCCUUUUCUUUUAAUUCCAACACAGGUAGCUCAACGGUACUCUCUCAGACACUGAGAAACCUUUUUUUUUAUCACUUAUGCUUGUGCUAGUUCAUAAACAGAAGCUAAGCUGAGCUGCCUAAUACUUAGCUACUAUAUCUGCAGUUUUAGCUAGCUAGCUAAGCUAAGGCUAGCUUAGGAAGUGCUCUACAUAAACAACAGUAUAAUAAAAAAAAAAAAACGCUAACAGUUUUUUCUAGCUCAAUCUAGUCAGUUCCUACAUAAACCUUAAUAAGAGUUUUUUUAGACAUAGUUGAGCUUGUUCUGUGGUAAACAGAAUGUUAUUAUGCUAUCUAAUGAAAACCAGUAUUUUUAUUGGGCUAACAGACAUAUUUGAGCAUGCAUUCACAGAGAUGUGAAGUGUUUGUCAGAAACAAAAGCCUAGCACCUCCCAUUCUAAACUAAAAAAAAUAAAAUAAAAAUAAAAAUAAAAAUACAGAAGCCCAACCUGUAUUGGCUGAUCAGCUACACCUGUGGUAAGUGGUAAAUCAUUAUUAUUAGUUUUUUUCACUGAAAUAUUUUUUUAAAAACAGUAAACCAAACAAUCCUAUUUUUAAUUAUACACAGAAACGCAUUACUGGUGUAUAUUUGUUAGCUCAGUCUUAAAAUUGGAAGCAUACAUGAUGAUUUUCCUCUGUAGAGAUUUAAGUUCUAAGACGUUCUACACAACAGCCGUUUGAGAAGAACAGCGUUCUUAAUCUAAAUAACCAGCAUGAUCCCUCAACAUUUGUAAAGUUCGUGAAAAAAAAAACAUUCUACUAAUAUUCUAUUCUAUAGUGUCAUUAUAUAGUUAUAUUGUUAAUUCUGUAUUGUAGUAAAACAAAACAUAGAAUUUAUUGCAAUGAGGAAUGCAAGAUUUUUUACUAUAUUCAUAAUCAACGUACAGCUAGAACACAAACUCUUGGUAAACAAUUUCAGCCUUUCUGAUGAAUAAAAAAAAUGUCCUCAGCAAAAUGCAUUAUCUGCGUAUGAAUACGUAUGGAUAUAAUAAUAUAUUUUCAUAUUUUUUGGCAGAUUUGCAGAUUUGUUUCGCAGAGAAGCAUGCAUUUCUCAGAACAUGCAGAAUCUCAGUGAUGAAUAGUUCUAUUUCGUCUAUGGAAAGAUAUUUGUGUAACAUUAAAAAAAAAGAAAACUGCCUCGACACUGGCAUUCAGUCCAUUGACUAUGUUCUAUGUUGAAAAAAAAAAUACUGCCCUCAUAAUAAGCCCAAUCAUAUGAUUUCCCUUCAAGCCAAGCCAAGAAACCUCUCUCUUUCUCUUUAUGCAGAACAUACAGUAAUCAUCUCUGUGCGACAUCUCAGUCUCAUCAUGCUUCCAAUUCCAAGUUCUAGUUCUAUUUGUAUUUACGAGUGAUGAGUAACGAGCUAUCAGAGCGUGCAUCAAACGAGAAAUUAUAUGGCUGAGCUGUAGAAUCUGAGGUGGAUCAGGUGUUACUUUAUGAUCAUUUGUAUUGAUGUACACCUUUUAGUGCCUAAAGGUAAAUUGCCUUGGAAUGUCCAUUAUAGUAUAUUCUGUUUAGUGUCUGUACAUAGUUGUAAAUAUGUGUGGCUUUUUUUUUCGUUUGUUCGCUCGUUCGUUUGUUUAUUGGUUUAUUUUUUGUUCAGUCUGCAAAUGUCAUCAUAAGCACAUUCCACCAAGUGCUUGUCUCCUUGUGUCAUUUUGAGCUUUGUACUUAAAUUCUAAUGCGUGUUUGUUUACAGAUCGAGAGCUUAAUUAAACGUUCUUACCUUGAGAUCAGGUUACGGAGGGCUUCUGAACACUGCGGGAUGGAAACCGAAUAUUAUUGAAUAUUAUUCUCAAUGUUUACAUGCGACACACUAAUGAAAACGAAAAGCUGGGUAAAAACAGCCAGCAUCAAAAAAUAGUUGCACCCAGAAGAACAAGCAGGAUUGCAAUGCUAUUCAGAAGGAAGAUAAAAGUUACCUGGAACAAUAAGUGAUUGAACGUUUAAAAUAUUGGUUGGUGCAGCGCAGUGGAUAACACCACCCCCUGCCAGUGAGCUACCACAUUAUGUUGGAGACUAAGGUUCAAUUCCUGGUCUGGGUGACUGUACUGUGCUACACCAAUAAGAGUCUUUGGGCAAGAUGACUAAAUACCGUAAAUGUUAUGUUAAAAAAAUACUGACGUGGGAUAUGUAUAGUAGGGGUGGGCAAUAUGACCCUAAAAUAAUAUCACAAUAUUUCAUGGUAUUUUUGCGAUAACGAUACUCUUGGCGAUAUGACAAAACACUAAUUAUUUUUUCAAAAAUACACUACUGCACAAUACUAAUAAUGCACUCGAUAUAUUUCCAUAUAUCCAGUACUGCAGCAAAAUUAAUGAUACUGGACAGAUAUAAUCUCUAAAAAAGUCUCUAGUAGAUAUAUCAUGGGAAAUGAGAACAGUGUGAAACCAGCAAAAAUGUCCUACCCUGAUGUGUUAAUUAGGGGUGGGUGAUAUGGCACAAUAUUUCAGGGUUUAAUAUUGUUCGCGAUAUUCGAAAAUGUUGCCGAUAUUAUUGUGUACGAUAUGAAAUGGCACACCCCUAAUGUAUAGCGAUGCAACUGGCCAUGGUAUAUGACUUGUGUCUUCUAGGCAUGGGCGUGGUAGUGGGGGGAAAAGUGGACCUGACUACCCAGGGCCCGAGUAGGGAGAGGGGUCCUUGCUUAGGUUCCUUGGGUACUGGCAUGGAUAAGGGCCCACUGACAUUAAGAGUUUACAGGGCCCAGAAUUUGCUGCUAUGCCCCUGCUUCUAGGCAAGCUCUUGAGAUGUAAGCAGUUUGUGGACGAGCAUCGUCCUGCUGAAAUUGUGCACUAGUGUGCAUACAGAAAAGUACUUGUAAUAAAGAGCCAAAGUGAUCUGGUUUGUAAAUGUUGCCCAUAUCUACUUUCUGAAUGCAACUAUUUUCUGAUGUUGUGUUGAAAAUGGGAGUUGAAAGCACAGAACAGCUAUUGUAACUUGUUUCAGAAAAAAAAAAAACAUUUUAAGAAUUUGAUAUUUCUAAAAAAAAUAUGUUUUUUUACACUGUUAGGACUCGGGUAGUCAUUUAAUACAAUUAAAUUAAUACUGGUAAAUUCAACAAAAUUUCUUUGUUGUGUAGGCAAGCAGCUGCUAUGAUGUACUGCAUUUACUGUAAGUCUAUGUUAUUCUCCAGUUGUGAAGUUAGAAAACCAUGCAAGGAUUCUAACAUACAGGGAUUUUAAGCGUAGAGGGAUUGUAUACACAUAAUUAGAACACUUCUGUUCAAAAUUUUGGAAUCACUGUUGUCAUAGUAUGUUUUACUUAUAUUUUCUCUUUGCGUACAAAACAUAACGUAACAUUAAGCAAAACAUAAUGUCAAUUUAAAUUAAUUGCCUCAGGUACUACGAAGCUGUAACUAUUUCGCUAAGGUACAAAGUUAUAAGGGUGAGUUUUUACUGAAGUUUCUCCAGCACUAAGGCGGGGUGCAUCAGCAUUAGCAUUAGCAGCUAACCACAGCACUAGCACUUUCGCAAUUCAGAGGCGAGUAUAUUGGACUGUAGUCUGCAUGUUUGCAGUGUUAAAACAAGCUACGAAAGAUGAACCACUAAUAUCGCCCCGGGUUACUGGAACACAUUGGGUUCCUCAGUCUAGCGCUAUCAGUUAGCUGCUAAUGCUAAUGCUGCUGCGCCCAGCCCUAGUGCUGGAAAAACUUCACUGAAAACUCACUAUUAGAAGUCUAAGCUUACUGUACAUAAACGGAAGUGCUUUACUCACCCAAAUGAACAGCUUUCAGGAGAGAAAUCUGAGUAGAUUAACAUCCAGCACUCGUUUGAGUUUUGUUUACUUCACCCAGCUUCCCCAUUAGAAGGGAAACAUGGCAACACCCUUGCUCACUUCGAUGUAGGCAUUCUUACUAGUGUCACUUAAUGCAACAAAAAAUACGGAAUGCAUCUAAAACAGUGAUUCCAAACAUUUUAAUAGUAGUGUACAGCUUUAAAACCUCACACAAAGAAUUGAAAGAAAUGUUACUGAACAAUUACAGCAAAGAAAUACUGCACACACUCAAGCAGUUUCAGGUAGUACACUGAAUUAAUUUUUUUUUACCAAGGUUCUUUUCUACUAACGGCCAUUCCCCCCCCCCCGCUUAACAUUAGGUGUAGCUGAUUUACCUGUCCUCAGUUUUUGCAUGUAAGGCCGUCUCCUGUUUCCUAAGCUAUUCCCCGACUAUGUGUGGCAUAAAUUUGUGCUGAUACUUCCCGUCAAUGGUGUGCAUUCGGUGUAGUUGUAUGUCCAUGUGUGUAACUAAAUCCUUUUUAUAUGAUAUUGUAAUUGUUUAUUUAUCUGCUCUCAAGUUAAUGGUCCCCAUUAAUACUACAUGUUUAUGGAUUCGUCAUGUUUAUGUUCACUAUGCCCAGGAAAUGACUACAGUGUCUGAAAUAAAAAAAUGUAUAUUAAAAAACA